GGACCGACCCGAGCAACCUUUGGAGGUGUUGGGGAAAGUCCCCAAGCUGGGUGGAAGUGACCUAGAGGGGAGCAACAGGAGGAGGGUACAGCCCGGGGAGGCGCCGCAUGAUUUCGGGGUCUGAACCACAGCAGAGGGUCCUGGGCUCACAGUCACCCAACUCCUGCCCUGCGAGACUCCACUGGUUGAAGUCGGCCCCUCCUAGCGCCCCAAUCUAGGUCACCAGCAGGGAAGGGCCGAGCCAGGGGGAUCGCUAGAGGGCGAGGGGCGGGCUGCCUGCCCCCGAGGUGGGCCAAGAGUAAGUGGUCUCAGGGCCUGCCCCUCUCACUUCCACUCGGUUGUAAUUCCAUCCCCGGCGGGUCGAGCCUCCCUCCCUCCCCCGGCCAGCAGGUCCCUCCCCGUCGGCUUCCUUCGCCGCCCCCGCCCCCCUCCCCGGAAAAGCCCUGCGGCUCGCCGCCGACUUCACUCCCGCACGCCGACCUCCCGGCUGCCGUCCUGCCUCCUUGGACUCCUCGGUCGUUCCUGGUCCAACCUCCCUCAGCCCUGCACCACCUCACCCGGGGCAGGGGAUCCACGGGGGCCGCCUCCCCCCCAGGUCCCCCAGGAGACGCCCUUUCUCUGUGCGUCCGGGACUUGGUGAAACUUUGCAGGCGCCCGCGGUGAAAUGGAUUUAAUCCGAGGCGUCUUGCUCCGGCUCUUGCUCCUGGCUGCCAGCCUCGGACCCAGCGCAGUGUCGCUCAGAACGGCUCUCCGAAAAUCAGGCAAGGUUGGACCUCCUCUCGAUAUCAUGCUGUACCCACUGAACUGCACAGAUUUCAGCAUCCAGUGGAAAAUGCCAAGGCAUCCUGGGAGCCCCAUCAUUGGGUAUACCGUCUUUUACUCCGAGGUCGGCGUCGAUAAAUCCCUGCAGGAGCGGUCCCAUAGUGUGCCACUCAGCCAGGACAUCCCUGCCCUUGGACAAUCCGAUCGUCAGGUGAUUUUUGAGGAAGUGAUCGGAGACUUGAAACCAGGCACUGAAUAUCGAGUGAGUGUAGCAGCUUACAGCCAGACUGGCAAAGGACGGCUUAGCUCUCCUCGGCACGUUACUACUUUGCCCCAAGAUUCCUGCCUGCCUCCAUCAGCACCCCAGCAGCCACAUGUCACUGUGGUCUCUGAUUCUGAGGUAGCCCUCUCUUGGAAACCUGGAAAGAGCGAAGGAAGCUCCCCAAUUCAGUACUAUUCUGUGGAAUUCAUCAGACCAGAUUUUGACAAGAGUUGGACCUUAAUCCAAGAGCGGAUCCAGAUGGACUCCAUGGUUAUCAAGGGCCUUGAUCCAGAUACCAACUAUCAGUUUGCCGUGAGGGCCAUGAAUCCCCACGGCCCCAGCCCUCGCAGCCGGCCCAGCGACACCAUCAGGACCUUCCGUCCUGAGGAGGCAGGAAGUGGCCACUAUGGACCCCGCUAUACAACCGACAUGGGAGUCAGUGAGGAUGAUGACGGAUUUGAAGACGACUUAGAUUUGGAUAUUUCCUUCGAGGAGGUUAAACCACUUCCUGCUAUCAAAGGAGGACAUAAGAAAUUUUGGGGGGAAUCCAAGAUGGCACCCAGGUCAAACCCAAAGACCACUUCUAGGCUUGUCCCCCCUACCCUAGCGUCUCUCCCAAUGACUACAGUGGCUCCCCAGCCCACUCCAGCGGAGAGGAAAGGGAAGAAUGGUGUGGCUGUAAUGCCGAGGCUCUUUGACAUGUCUUGUGAUGAAACGCUCUGCUCAGCUGACAGCUUUUGUGUCAAUGACUACACCUGGGGGGGCUCGCGGUGCCACUGCAACCUGGGCAGAGGUGGUGAGAGCUGCUCAGAAGAUAUUGUUAUACAGUAUCCUCAGUUCUUUGGCCACUCCUUUGUAACCUUUGAACCUCUGAAGAACUCCUAUCAGGCAUUUCAAAUUACUCUUGAAUUUAGGGCAGAGGCAGAAGAUGGUUUACUGCUCUAUUGCGGGGAGAAUGAACACGGGAGGGGUGACUUCAUGUCUCUGGCCAUCAUCCGACGCUCACUCCAAUUCAGGUUUAAUUGUGGAACUGGGGUUGGCAUCAUUAUAAGUGAAACCAAAAUCAAACUGGGGGGCUGGCACACGGUUACACUCUACAGAGAUGGGCUGAACGGGCUGUUGCAGCUGAACAAUGGCACCCCGGCGACUGGCCAGUCCCAGGGCCAGUACAGUAAAAUUACCUUCCGGACACCCCUCUAUCUUGGUGGGGCUCCCAGUGCUUACUGGUUGGUCAGAGCAACAGGAACAAACAGAGGCUUUCAAGGCUGUGUGCAGUCGCUCACCGUCAAUGGGAAGCGAAUCGACUUGAGGCCCUGGCCACUGGGGAAAGCACUCAGUGGGGCCGACGUGGGGGAGUGCAGCAGUGGACUCUGUGACGACGCCUCGUGCAUCAACGGCGGCACCUGUGCAGCAGUCAAAGCCGACGCCUACAUUUGCCUGUGUCCCCUUGGGUUUAAAGGUCGACACUGUGAAGAUGCUUUCACCCUGACCAUCCCUCAAUUCAGAGAGUCCCUGAGAUCCUAUGCUGCAACACCCUGGCCUCUGGAGCCCCAGCAUUACCUUUCCUUCAUGGAGUUUGAGAUCACGUUUCGGCCGGACUCAGGUGAUGGUGUCCUCCUCUACAGCUACGACACGGGCAGCAAAGACUUUGUGUCCAUCAACAUGGCAGGGGGCCACGUGGAGUUCCGCUUUGACUGUGGCUCUGGCACUGGUGUUCUCAGGAGUGAAGACCCCCUCGCCCUGGGCCACUGGCAUGAGCUGCAUGUAUCUCGCACAGCAAAGAAUGGUAUCUUACAAGUGGAUAAGCAGAAGGUAGUGGAGGCAAUGGCAGAGGGAGGCUUCACACAGAUUAAGUGCAACACGGACAUUUUUAUUGGUGGAGUCCCUAAUUACGAUGAUGUGAAGAAGAACUCGGGCGUCCUCAAGCCCUUUAGUGGGAGCAUCCAGAAGAUCAUCCUGAACGACCGAACCAUCCACGUGAAGCACGACUUCACGCGGGGCGUGAACGUGGACAACGCAGCCCACCCCUGCGUGGGGGCCCCCUGCACGCACGGGGGCAGCUGCCGGCCCAGGAAGGACAGCUAUGAGUGUGACUGCCCCCUGGGCUUCGAGGGGCUCCACUGCCAGAAAGCGAUCACAGAAGCCAUCGAGAUUCCACAGUUUAUCGGCCGCAGUUACCUGAUCUAUGACAAUCCAGACAUCCUCAAGAGGGUAUCAGGAUCAAGAACAAAUGCAUUCAUGAGGUUUAAGACAACUGCCAAAGAUGGCCUGUUGUUGUGGAGGGGAGACAGCCCCAUGAGGCCCAACAGUGACUUCAUUUCCUUGGGCCUUCGAGAUGGAGCCCUGGUGUUCAGCUAUAACCUGGGCAGUGGUGUGGCAUCCAUCAUGGUUAAUGGCUCCUUCAAUGAUGGUCGGUGGCACCGAGUCAAGGCUGUUAGGGAUGGCCAAUCUGGAAAGAUAACUGUGGAUGACUAUGGGGCCAGAACAGGCAAAUCACCUGGCAUGAUGAGGCAGCUCAACAUCAAUGGAGCUCUGUAUGUGGGUGGAAUGAAGGAAAUUGCUCUGCACACUAACAGGCAAUACAUGCGAGGCCUUGUGGGCUGUAUUUCUCAUUUUACCCUGUCCACCGAUUACCACAUUUCCCUCGUGGAAGACGCCGUGGAUGGGAAAAACAUCAACACUUGUGGAGCCAAGUAACACCAGCUGGCCUUGCCCAAGGGACACAGCCUUCUAUCCUGAGAAUCCCAGGGGCCCCGAGCCCCUGCCCGAUGCCAUACGCAGAGGCACGGGGACCAGGUGUGUUUCCUCUCAUCAAGGAGAAAGUACGCCCUGAUGAGAAACGAGACCCAAGACAGGAGUCCCUGUGUGGCCUUUCCUGCUGACACUCUGUGGGCCAAACCCAGCGGAAUACUCUGUGUAGGAAGCAUCGAAUUUUCUCCAUUGAAUGUGUAGGGGCUGCCAGAGAUCACACAUCAAUGCAAAUUCCAGAGCCUGUCUGCUGUAGCUCAAUGACUGUGUUGUGAUUCAUAGUGCAUAAAAAAAGAAAGGAAAAAAAAAAAAAAAUAGAGACCCAAAGGGCCAAAGGGCAGGAUUAAAAUACUUCCCUCCUUCCCUGACUCAUGACACUCUUACUGACAGCAGAAUGACCAUUUGACCUUGAACCUCGAAUUUCUCACCUUGGUCCGAGAAUUAUUAGGAUUAACCCCUUCCACUCCUCAGUGGCUAGUUCAGUGUGCUCUAUUCCAUGAAAAUAAGGAUGAGGGGAGACUAGACAUGGAAUCACAGUUAUAAUGCUGCCCCCUCCCCCAGUUUACCUUUAAUGGAAAACCCCUACUUUUUAUAAUGGAAAUCUAAGAAAAUGGGCACCAUGAUUUUGUAGCUGUCUUUUUGUAUGUGUAUAUUUUUAUAGCUGCAGAUUGUCCGCACGGUAUACUUUUGCCAGUUGGCGUGGACAACCCUGAAUUCUUUGCACACUUCCAAAAAUUUUUCUCCCCAAAGAGACUUGUUUGGGCCCUUUUGGCAUCAUUUGGAGUGGGAUAGGUAGCUUGGGGUGAGCACGUUGGGGAGCUGACCAUUCUCUUUUGGUAAACGUUGGCUCAAGGAGAUGAAUAUGAAGCUUCCAGAAUAAGCAGAUUAAAAGGCACUUACUUGUGUUACUGAGGUUGGUCACUGUCAUUUUUGUUUCAAGCGAGGGGGGAUGUCUGUAGGGAACCUGAAUAAAAGAGAUGAGAAGGCUAGAA